AUCGCUAUUGAGAAAUUUUUAUUGGAAAUUUAUUAUCGGUCCCUCAGUCCAUCGUCAGCCGUCACGAGGCAAGCACUCUUUUGACCACCUCCUGCAGAAAACAUAAACUUCCCCAAUUUCUGUGCGUGAACAAUAUUAUUUUUUAUUCUUCAAUUUGGGAUUACUCUGCAAACAUGCGUACUUGAAGUGGUGGACCAAAGGAUUGCGGACGCGUGGAUUGAUUCUUCCUAUUACCUCUUUUUUACGUUGGGCCUUUGUACUGAAUGGUAGUUUAAGUGAGGAUAGUUCCGUACAUUUUUUUUUAUAAUAAAAAGGAAGUACACAGUGUGUGAACAAUGAGGACGGCCCUGAUCGUCGCGACGCUCUUCGUCGUCGCGGCUUCCAUCUCGGCGCAAAGGAGACCUACGAAGAUCGACGCUACCGAUGCUGCAGAAGUCACCCAAAGAGCUGUCAGAGGUAGAGGCAGAGCCAGAUUCGUGAAGACGCCGGAAUUCGCGCAAGCCGUCACCGAGCAGGAGAGAACCACUCCGAAAGUAGCCAAGAAACAGAAUGCCCCCAUUGCGAGAAGACUGUACGAAGUGGAGGAAGUUGUCGACGAUAUACCGGAAACUACCAGAAGAAUAGCGAAGCCAAGAGUAAUAACGGAAACGAAAUUUGAAGCAACAAACGCACCGAAAACUAAGUUGUUCGAACCAGCGCCGGUAGCUGCUGAAACCGCUCCACCUGAAGAAUCAAUCAAACCUUUCAACGAUGUCCCAGAGAAAGAGCUUCCAGAAGAUGUUGAUAUUACCACCAUGCAAUUGGAGAUGGAUGAAGUUGAGAAGAUCAGCUCCACUAGUUCAUCGACAACAACCACUACUACAACCCCAGCUCCAAGCACUGAAGCGUCUUCUUCGCGCCGUGGUAGCAAUUUACGCAGAGGACAAAGACCGGCUUUAACAACUGAAUCUGUUCCAACGGCGGCACGUACUCGCACAAGGGUUCGCACCAACAGGAAGCAGGAAGACUCUUCGGAGUCUACAACGAGUAGCUCAAGGACGAAUUUUCGCGCAGGCCGCAGACGUCCAGAAAAGGAAACGCUUAGGGGACGUGGACCAUCCAUCCUAGAAAACGAAGAGGAAGUUUCUGCAAAGCCAAGGAAUGAAAGGCGCACUGGUUCUCAAAGAAGGAAAGUAGAAGUGAGCACAACAACGGAACAAAUUGAGCCUCAGAAAACCAGAUCAAGGACUUCAACAUCGAGGGGAAGAAAAACCGAAACGCAAGCUGCGGCUUCGACCAGGCAACCAUCUCGCAGAAGAAUUAAUACUCGUCCGGAUAAUGUUAAAGAAUCAGUUAAAACGGUUGAAGCUUCGACCACUCCAAGACCGGAACGCUCUUCCAGGGGUCGUUCAAGGGCUAGAUUUAACGUUGUGGAUGAAACCAAACUUGAGGUCUUGCCUUUAUUUGAAGCUGAACCAAAAGUUGUACCAAGAACAUCGAGCAGACGAGGCAGAACUCGCGCUCCAGUCGAUGAAUUUGUGGCUUCGUCUACAGUAGAAAACCCCAUCAGACAUGCACCACCUCCCACAUCUACGUCCCGUUCUGUCACUAUUUCCUCUCGCCAAAAUAAAAUCACCACCGAAACUAAGCAAGUUACAGAGAAACCCAUCACCAAGGAAACUGUUCAGAGCGAGGUCAGUGAAGUCAUUUCGACAAGGAAGGUCAUGCGUAGGAAAAAGGUAGAGGUUAAGAAGAAGUUGUUGGACAGGGGAACAACCAAAUCCGAAGUUCAAUUGACCAACGUUAAAUCCAAGGAUGACUCUGAUGAAGUGGACGAUACUGACAACUACCCGCCUCAGUUCAAGGCUUUGAUCCAAGCCAAAACCAAGGAAGAAAAGGGCAAAAAGGCGUCAAGAAUCGCGCAUACCGAGAGGAUUGUUGCGAGCGUUCCUACCGUUGCACCAAAACCCUCUUCAUCAUCUACAACACCAAGUAGAAAAGAACGCGUCACGCAACGUUCUACCACUGCUAGCACCACAAUAUCAACUACUACCACUUCCACAACCAUUUCACCACCUACUAAAAAGCAUACCUCUACCAAAUCGCGAAAACCUUUAAGAUAUUCCACAGAAUCUGUAAUUACUCCAAUCAAAACUGUUACCGCUAAUUAUCCUAGCGUUGUUCCUACCACUACCGGUCCACCGCCUGCCAAAAAGGCGACUACUGCUAAAUUAAGAAAACCUUUAAAACAUUCGAACGAAUUUGAAAAUAUUCCAAUCGGCGCUUUCAAAACAAGCACCGCAAUUUAUCCAAGUAUCCCACCGACCCCUGUAAUAACCUUUCGCUCGUCAUCACAACGUUCUCAACCGCGAUCAUCAUUGAGAACUUCGCAAAAACCUUCUUCGACAACAACUAAUAUACCAUCAACUUCUUCAACUACUACUUCUACCACUACUACUUCUACAACUACUAUACGACCGUCUACUGCUGCUGUCUUACCAUCAUCAUCACCAAUACCAUUUAAUGUGGAAGAUGAUGAGAACGAGUUGGUGGCAACGCCGAAAACGCCGAGACGUCGCUUCUCAACUAAGAGACGCGAAUACAAACCGGAUGCGCCUCUUAAGCUACGCAUAGAUCAACCGGAAGUAACGAGCAAGAGACCUGCAACUAGGAAAACGUCUGGACGUUACCACGCAAGAUUCGUUGCGAAAAGCGAGGACAGUGUCGAGAAGACGAGCCCCAAGCCGAGCUCAAGACCGACCUUCACCAGGAAAAGCAUCAAACAUGAAGAACGAAAACCCAUACCUCGCUCCAACAAAAUCGAUGGAAAUACUCAACUGCCUCAGGUGACGGUGAAGAAGGCCAAUAGAUACAGCUCGAGGUAUCGUGGUGAAACCCGUUCGACUCCGGUGAGGGCUUCCACCGCGACCCCAGUUUAUGUCCCCACCGUACCAACAAUAACUCCAUCUGGUCAGCAGGUCCGAGGUAUUCAAGGAGAACUGGACGGUUUCCCGGUGAUUUCGAUCGACGAACCCGUGAAUUCCCUUUAUUCCGAUAAUCUGAUUAGCGAAAACGCAACGAACCUGGUGCCCGACGGCGGUAAAAACGAUCAAUCAAAACCUGUAUCAAUAAUCGAACGAAUUAUCAAUUCGAUAACGUCGAUAUCCACGACGACGAAACCGGGCGAGGAGAAGGACGGCGCCUCCAGCAAAGGCGUCACGGAGUCCUCGGCAAUUUUAAAGAUUGCCAGCAAGAAACCAACUUUAGAACAAACGACGACGAAGGUGGCGGAGGUGACCACGGAGAAGCCUACGACUAUAAUUGAGAGGAUCUUGAGUUCUCUGUCGGCGAUUCAGGCCACCGAUCAUGUCUCUUCGAGAAUUAACACUGAGGAUGCUGAUAAUGAAAUAAACGCCGCUGAAGCUGCAACAACCAAAGCCGCUGAAGCUACAACCGCUACACAAGCUCCAACCACGGAGGCUGCAACAACAACCAUGAAGAUUAUUACUACCACUGAAGCUGCAACUACUGUGAAAGCCACAGAACCAGCUCCAAUUACAACGACUUAUAGAACAACUACCUUCAAUCCGUAUACCACCACUGAUUUGGCUUCGUUCAUAUCGCAAUUCUUAUCCACUCUGCGUCCAGUCUACACGCCGACUACAACUUAUGUACCAACUACAUUCGCUCCAACUACACCAUUCGUCUCGACAACAUAUAACGACAACAUAAUAAAAGAUACUGCACCUACUGUUACCAUAACUGCAAGAAGUCGUACAACCGCCAGAUUGACGACUCAACCUCCAUCCACUACACCAAUUCCAACCACUACACCGAUGCCUACAACUACAACUACUCAACCACCCACUACAACUGAACUACCAACCACUACCACUAUGCCUACUACGACAAGAAUGAUCACAACUACCACAGAAGCCCCAACAACAACUCCAAUCAGAACUACAACUACGCUUCCACCCACAACCACGCACAUUCCGUCAAAGAGACGUUUAGAGACUACCACUGGUGCCCCAAUUAGAAGAAGAUCUACUCUUCCUCCAAGUACAACCACGUAUUUACCAACGACAACUUACAUUUCAACAACAACUUUCGUGCCAACAACAAAACUUGGAUUUAAACCAGAAGACGUGGACCUCGACGAUCUAGUUAAAAAAUCGAACAAAAAAUUAUCCGAUCAGCAACUCAAAGAUUUGGAAGCUCUUAAAGCGUUGGAACGCGAGCAGGCGGCUAUUCUUAAACAACUCUCAUUCUUAACCAACUUGAACUUUGGUGGACAACAACCUAAAUUGACUACUAAACAACCAAAAUUGUCGACCCCAAGCAGUUUGGCAAGCAGAAUUCUAUCUUUCGCGGCUGAAAGAGAUAAGGAAACUACCACGACUUUUAGGCCUCCAGUUGAAACAACCACGAAUCCAGGCGUGACCAUAGUUGAAGCGUUAUCUACCAGCAGACAACCCAAGAGGAUUGCAGCAGUGGAUUCUAAAAACGAAAUUGAAAGUAUCAUCAAGCAAUUGAACGAUAACGGAGUAACCAGCGUUACUAACCCAACCAUCGUCUCGACGUAUGGAAAGAGUCAAGAGGCUAUUUUGGCAGCUAUUUUGAAAGAACGCGGCAUUGAACCAAGCACUCCAAAAUCGCUCGGAGAUCAAAUUAGGCAAAAUCACUUAUUUAAUGAACCCACCACUACGAGACGACCAAGAAUCACGACCCAAAGACCUCCAGGAAGAUUGGCGCAGGGUUUGAACUGGAUUUUGAAUGCGUUGGCGCCUCCACCAUCAACCAGAAGGCCGAAACCAAAACCGAGACCUAGGCCUGUUGUUGUGACGACAACCGAAUACGAAGAAUUGAUCCGCGAAUCUACCGACAGUACACCCGUUUAUGUGGAAACCACAACCAGAGGAAAGCGACCAGUGAACGCGCUCUCCGACGCGGAAUUGGCUAAUCUUAUAGCGCAGCUGGAAGCUAUCCAAAAGGAUCCAGCCAAAGUACGUAACUUAGAUUUGACACCGUUCAAGAAUCUGCAAAAUCCUACGGAUCAGGGCACCAAAAACGUGGAGAUCAUCUCUUCUGGUUCUUCGGGUUCCAAUAAAGUGACGAGAGCCCCAAAAGCAUACAGCGGUUCCCAAAGGAUUAGGGCGAGUACGAUAAAUAGUAUUGAAGAAGAUCCAACUACAAGACCACCACGAGUGGUAACGACGACCCAAGAAGUGCAUACAAGGCCUGUGACUCGGGGUUCAAGAAUCACUUUGCCUCCAGUCUCUUUAGACCCAGUACCCGGGGUUAAUGAUAAUAGUCCAAUGGUAGGAGGAAAUUUCCUCAAUGCUGCCGUGAAUGUUACUAGGGCCAUUUCGACUUUCCUCGGAUCAGCAAUCCAGGGAGCUGCCCAGUCUUUCCAAACAAUGAUAGGCUCUGGUUCCAGAGGCGUCGGAGGAUACUUCGAAGGAUCCAGAGGAUAAUACCAAGUCCAAGUUUAUAACAUUGACUAUUAUUUUAUUAUUAUUUUUUUAUACAUUUACAUGUUUUUAAUGGAACGCACUAGACAUUCCCAGCAAAUCCGCAAAGACAUUUCCACCUCAAAUGCCUUCGCGAAUUUCGCUUCCUUCGAAUCGAAACUUUGGUGCGUUCCAGAAAAAAAAAAGAAAACUAAAAGAAAACAUCACUUAAUUCGCUUACGUUACGUUAAUUGAAUUAUUUAUUAGUUUAAUCUGUUUUGAGUCAGAACAGAAGCGGGAUGUGAUUAGUAAUCGAAUCCAAUCUCUUAGUCACAAUA